CAUUCUGCCAAUGCAUCAUCGUCUCUUUUGCCUGCUCAGCUUCACCGGCUCCCCUGGCCGGCCUGCGCGUGCGCAAACCCUAUAAAAGGCAUCCUAGUCCCACUCCGAAUCUCCCCCAACCCCUCAUCACCCAUCGCCCUCCUCUCUCCGAUCCUUCCCCCACCCACUAGAGAUCUAUCGAGCGAUCCUCCGAUCGGCGGUCGCCUCCCAAUAAUAAUAAUGGAGAUGGUAGUGCUGCAGCAGAGGGCGGGCGGCGGCGGCGGGUGCCGGGCCGGGGCGCCGAUGAUGGGCGGCGCGGCGGCGGCGGCGGCGUCGGCGAAGCAGGAGGAGAUGAAGGAGGGCGGCGGCGGCGGCGGGGCGGAUGAGGUCCGGCGCGGGCCGUGGACGGUGGACGAGGACCUGACGCUGGUCAAGUACAUCGCGGAGCACGGCGAGGGCCGCUGGAACGAGCUCGCGCGCGCCGCCGGGCUGAAGCGCACCGGGAAGAGCUGCCGUCUCCGCUGGCUCAACUACCUCCGCCCCGACGUGAAGCGCGGCGACUUCACCGCCGACGAGCAGCUGCUCAUCCUCGACCUCCACUCCAGAUGGGGCAACCGGUGGUCCAAGAUCGCGUCGCAUCUGCCGGGGCGGACGGACAACGAGAUCAAGAACUACUGGCGGACGCGGGUGCAGAAGCACGCCAAGCAGCUCAACUGCGACGUCAACAGCAAGCGCUUCAAGGACGCCAUGCGCUUCCUCUGGAUGCCCAGACUGGCAGAGCGCGCCGCCGCCGCCCACCACUCAUCGCCGGCGUCGUCCCUGCAGCAGGCCGCCAUCUCCGGCGGCGGCUCGUCGUCCUCCGCUCUGCUGCUGCCCACGGCCGCCGCCGGCUGCUUCGGUUUCGAGAUGGCGACGGCCAACGCCGCCGCCGACCGCUCCCCCAGCAGCGUGGUCACCACCACCGCCACCAACAGCUCGCCCUGCAGCUCGCGGACGACGUCCUCCGGCGCCUCCACCGCCGCCACCGCCAACGACGACGACUGCUGGGCGGCGAUCCAGCAGGACCACGACGAGUUCUGGUCCGCCGCGUCCAACCUGCAGCAGCAGCUGCUGUACUUCCCGCUGGCGGCGGACCUGCUGCCGAUGCAGCCCGACCUCAGCGGCUGGGUGCAGGGCUUCUCCGAGGGCGGCUCAUCUUCGCCGGACACGACCCACCAGCAGCAGCUCUGGAGCCUCGACGACAUCUGGAGGAUGCACUGAUGAACGAAUAUAAUUAUUUUGUUUUUCUUGCGAUCAAAUUGGGACGACGAAGCAUAUGUAGUAUUAUGGUUGUACAAAACGGAAGCUAGCUAGCUACGGGAAACGAUCAAGAAAGCAACAAAAAAAAAUGUGUUCGUUCUUUUUUUUUGUUUAGCUCUGACUUUAUUUAUCAUAGAUACUAGCUAGCAGUAGCAGUAUAUACUACACCUCGGUUAUUUAGUUGGGAGCUUCUUCCUGUCAAGGUUUUUUUUUCCCUUUUAAUUUGGCCCUCUCAAGCUAAGAUAGGAGCCGGCCGGCUUAAAAGAGCUAGGGAGAGAUGCAUGGAUAAUUGUUAAUUUGUAUGGUCAUCAUAUAUGGAUCUCCUCUACAUGAUUUUAAAUUAA